AAUCCUGUUCUUCUUCAAUUUCAUCCUCCUCCUCGUCAUCAUCUUCAUCUCCUUGAGCAUCUGCUUCAUCUGACUCUGCUUGUUCAUCUUCAUCAUCUUCAUCUUGAUCAACACAAAAACUACUAUCUUGUUUAUGUUUCUCAUCCUCAUCUUCAUCUGGCUGAUACUCUUCCCCACUUGAGUCUUCAGGUGAACCGUCCUCAGUACCAGUAUCAAUACACAAUUCCUCCGACGAGCUACAAGCAGAUCCAUCUGCACCAUAUGCCUGAAGAUUCAGAGUAA